CGUCAGCGCGGUCAGUUUGAACGGCAGAGAUCCUCCAACAGCAGAAAGCUCUCCUACAUACACUCACAGCACUGCUGUACCGGCGAAUUUACAGAGAAUUAAGAAGAUGGAAGACUACCUGAAGAUAGAGAAGAUCGGAGAGGGAACGUAUGGAGUGGUGUAUAAAGGCCGUCACAAGUCCACAGGUCAGGUGGUGGCCCUGAAGAAGAUCCGUUUGGAAAGUGAGGAGGAGGGGGUUCCCAGCACGGCGGUCCGAGAAAUUUCCCUGCUCAAAGAGCUUCAACACCCCAACGUCGUACGGCUGCUGGAUGUGCUGAUGCAGGAGUCGAAACUGUACCUGGUGUUUGAGUUUCUGUCGAUGGAUCUGAAGAAGUACCUGGACUCCAUUCCUUCAGGACAGUACAUGGAUCCCAUGCUCGUUAAGAGUUACCUGUAUCAGAUCCUGGAGGGGAUUCUGUUCUGCCACUGUCGCCGUGUUCUGCAUCGCGACCUGAAGCCCCAGAACCUGCUGAUUGAUAACAAAGGUGUGAUCAAGCUGGCGGACUUCGGCCUGGCCCGCGCUUUCGGAGUGCCCGUCAGAGUUUACACGCACGAGGUGGUGACUCUGUGGUACAGAGCUCCGGAGGUGCUGUUAGGAGCGUCUCGUUACUCCACUCCUGUAGACGUCUGGAGUAUCGGGACCAUCUUCGCCGAACUGGCCACCAAAAAACCUCUGUUCCACGGAGACUCAGAGAUAGACCAGCUCUUCAGGAUCUUCAGGAUUCUGGGUACCCCCAAUAACGAGGUGUGGCCGGAUGUGGAGUCGUUGCCCGAUUACAAGAACUCCUUCCCCAAGUGGAAGUCGGGUAGUUUGGGCAGUAUGGUGAAGAACCUGGACAAGAACGGCAUCGACCUGCUCGGGAAAAUGCUGACCUAUGAUCCUCUGAAGAGGAUUUCUGCGCGACAGGCCAUGACCCACCCUUACUUCGACGAUCUGGAUAAAACCACUCUGCCUGCCAGCAACCUCAAGAGCUAAACGCUCCGUCAUUCACACAUAGAGCUGACUAAACGGAAAACCUCAGUACAGAACACACCUGACCCCCUGCACUCUGAGAACACAGAGCUUCCAGCUUCUAGAACCAUUAUUUAACUCUAGAACCCAUAAUGGAAGGAUCUAGUACUUUCAGUCUCACAAUUUUGGUGAAAUUCUGUGUUCUGCAACUUUAAUUCUACAGUUAUACUAUGACGUUUAAGCGUUGUGAUGUUGGCCUUUUGCAAUACUCAUAUAACGCAAGGCUGCAAUAUGCAAAUAAGUGUCUAACCAGUCACACGAUUGGUUUGUGCACUGUGAGUGUCCUGGCCAAUCACAGACUUGAUUCUGUGUUUAUUUUUAAUGAAUCCAGGCAGUCUAAUCAGUUAAAAUAGUCAACAGUAGUGCAGCCUUUAUGCCACAUUGCGAGACGUAGCACAGUUGUAACGUGCAUAGAUGAUUCUAGAUGGUUCUGGCUGAGAGAGCUCUGGUUGGUCACUGCACUGACGCAGGCUUUACAAUCUGAUGGCGCAGCAAUAAUGAUCCUCCUCUUCCUUCUGUUUCUUUGUUUGUUUGUGUUUGUUUGUAUAGUUUUGUAUGUAUGUUUUCCUAUACUUAUAUUUUGUAUCUAACCUAAGAAGGCUCUGGUCUGUUCUAUAUGUUGGAGUUGAAAAAGGCCGAGAGCAGAUCUAUCCUCAAUAAAGUGCACUUUGUGGGAC